UUGUGUCAGCUGGGCGGAAACGGGAACUCUGUCCACAAUACGCGUAUGAUCCUCAUCGGCUGUCGUUAUUCUUCAUGUGAUUUAUAUAAUUAGUUAUUUAUUUAAAGGAGGUGUGUUGAUAGAAUGUGUCAUUUGUAAAGAAAGCCAAACUAACGUUAUCAUUCCUGUGCUCUAAACACUGACGAUUCACAAUGUCGGGGAGUUUUUAUUUCGUUAUGGUGGGUCAUCAUGAUAACCCAGUGUUUGAGAUGGAGUUCCUCCCUCCUGGAAAGGCGGAAUCAAAGGAUGAUCACAGACAUCUGAACCAGUUCAUCGCUCAUGCCGCUCUUGAUCUGGUUGAUGAGAACAUGUGGCAGUCCAGCAACAUGUACCUGAAGACUGUGGACAAAUUCAAUGAAUGGUUUGUCUCUGCCUUCGUCACUGCUGGUCAUAUGAGAUUUAUUAUGCUCCAUGAUGUUCGGCAAGAGGAUGGAAUCAAGAACUUCUUUAAUGAUGUUUAUGAUCUGUACAUCAAGUUUGCAAUGAAUCCCUUCUAUGAAGCCAACGCACCGAUACGCUCCACAGCUUUCGACAGGAAAGUGCAGUUUCUCGGGAAGAAGCAUCUCCUCAGUUGAUUUGUUUUAUACACAUACUCUUUUGUUUUUUGCAUAAACAUACAGGCGUUCUGUUUAUACUAUCUCAACAUUCAGAUACAUAUUUCAUGUUUGAGUUGUUGAUACUCAGUGUCUUCACCUGCUACUGUACACCAAAUGGUGUUUGAAUGAAGAUCAUUUUUAAAGAAGUCUGUAAGACGCAGCACUAACAGGAAUGUAAAUGCACAUUAAUACAAAAACGGUCAACCGCACGAUGAAGAUUUCAAACACUUGUAUAUUACUAAAUCAAAUAAACAAUUUCAACAAGUA